GGCGGCAGGCAGCGCGCAACAACUUCCGGGUCACGGGGUUAAAAGCUGAAGUGUUGUGCCUUUGAAGUCUUCCUAAUUUCAGCCAGUUGCUUUGGACAGGCCGCUGUAUGUGUGCCACUGUACGCUCGCUGGAAGCACUCCACAUGGACGCUCUGCACAGACACCGCUCACUUUACAAAGGAACGACUCCGCCAUGGAAAGAAACCUACCGCAAGCGCUGUGUGGACAGACUCAAGAACAGCCGGUCGAGGCUGCUGGACAGGUACCGACAGAUGGGAGAGGGCCCGCAGCGCAGCGGCUCCGGGGCCUCCAUCAUCGUCCAGGAGGUGAUGGAGGAGGAGUGGACCGCCCUGCAGUCAGAGGACCGCAGGCUGCCCUCACUGUGGGGGCCGGAGGGGGUGGCAGAGAUGUUUAGUGUCAUGAAGGAGUACGAUGAACUGGCAGUACUAGAGGAAAUCCAGCAGGAGCUCAUGUCUCACGAAAUGUCUAUUAUUGAAGAGUACGAGAGGAACCAGCAGUUCGAGCAGCAGUACAUAUCAUCUGUUGUGGAAGGGAUGGAAGAGACGCAUAUUAUUUGUCCCAUAUGUCACAUGAACAACUUGACCAUCAACAGCCAUUUCGUCUCGUGCCUCUGUGGACUGUACAUUAACACUAAGAAACAGAACAUCACCCCCAAUGUCCUGCGGCAUCUUCUGGAGUCCAGGGUGUCGGAGCAUAUGGAGGACUGUCUCCACAACCCUGUUUUCUCCGUAGCUCCCAACAUGGACAGCUCUGCCACCCUGAUGAUAAGCUGCAAGGUGUGUGACUACCUGUCCAUUGUGCUGUGAAAGCACGUCACUGUCAUGAGUGACAUAACUCGUGAGAUUUUAAGUUUUUUGUGCUCUGUAUGUUUUGUGAAAUAAAGGCUAUUAUUUAUAUUAAA